GCUCUCAUAUUAUUUCGGUGCGGGCGGAAGCAGAAUAAGUGUUACGUCAUGACUUUACUAGAUGGGCGGAAGUGCUGUUCAGGUCAGCCAGGAGGAAGGAAGAACGAAGAAGAUCAUUUCGUCAAAUAAGGACUGCAGUUUGCAUUCACCAUGUCCAGGAGUUACAACCCCUUUGACGAAGAUGUGGAGGAUGACUUCAAGCCAGUGAAGUGGAACAAUGGAGGUGAUCCUUAUGAAGAUCCAACAGAGAGAGGAAAGAGGGAUGAAAAUGACAGGCAGAGGUAUCUGCAGCAGGAGGUGAUGAGAAAAGCUCAGUCAACAGUAGACAGCAGCAAUAGGUGUGUCUCCCUCAUCUACGAUUCAGAGAAGGUCGGGGUAGAAACAGCAGAGGAGCUAAUAAGGCAGGGGGAGGCUCUAAAGCGUACAGAGAAAAUGGUUGAUAAGAUGGAGCAAGAUUUGAAGACCAGUCAGCGGCACAUUAACAGUAUAAAGAGCAUGUUCAGUGGAUUCACAAACUAUUUCAAGGCUAAACCCGCUGAGACUCCUCCACCAAAUGAAGCCUAUGAGUACAAAGCAAGCAACAAGCUUCAGGAAGCCAUGUCUACCAGUAAAGAACAAGAGGGGAACUAUGAAGCCACUCAUCCGAAUUUAGUCAGGAGGGAGACUGCAGAACUGAGCACUAAAACAGGAGCCUCUAGCUCUGGAUACCAACAAAAGAACCAGGCACUCAGAAACUACCAUCAAAAAAUAGACAACAAUUUAGAUGAUAUGUCCACGGGAUUGGGCCGUCUCAAGAGCCUCGCACUUGGUUUGCAGACUGAGAUUGAUGACCAAGAUGAUGUUAUUGGGCGUCUAUCAGGGAAGGUGGAUAAUCUAGACUUGAACAUCAAGACCACAGAUCAGCGAAUCCGGAAAGAGUUGUGAUCUCCUUCCACAUUUUUAUACAGUCCAUGAUCAUAUGUUCAAGCAGUUUUUAUACACAUAAAGUGCUAUAAUGUCUGCAUACUUCAUAAAAACUCUCAUCGCUAUAUAGUAAUUUAAUAUUCCAUAUUUUUUUUAGCAUAAGGGAUGACCUGCAGUAUUAAAUAAUAUGUACCACUGAGUGUCAGAUCAAAUAGCAUUAUAGUGAGUGUGCAAAUGAAUUAAUUAGAUCAUGUAACAUUUGUGUUCUUGUUCACUGUAUGUUUAACCUCCAGUCAUUUCUUGCCCUGGAGCUUCAGUGAGAUGCAACUAGAGCUUUAAAAGGAUCUUCAGAUUUCUAUUAUUCCUGUACUGAGCAGCAGAUCAUUUUGUUUUUUUUUUUUUCCAAGCUGGUUGAAUAUGUUAUUACACAUGUUUAAGUUUUCAAUCGACUACAAUAGAGACACUCAGUAAAAAAAAUAUGUAGCAAUUAAGUUUGACUGUGUGUCUACAUUUCUGACACAUUGUGCAAAUAAAAUCCUAGUAUAUAGACUUGAAAGUAGACUGCCAGGCUACACGUGACAGCCAAAGCAUUUUUUUUCUUUAUAUAGAUGGCAUAUUAAAUCAUCUUGCAAGACCACUAUCGGUUGGAAAGCAUGUUUAGGUAGGGUCAGAAGCAGCAAUACACUGCUGGGAGCUAGCUGGUGAUUGGUGGCUACACACAUGUCUCUUGUCAUUGGCUCAGUGCACUGCUGCUUUGUACCUGACCUUUACCUGUACUUUGAAGGGGUUAAACACAGAGUAUUUUAUUUAUUGCUCUGUUGCAUGUAUAUAACACAUUUUAUGUUACUUUAAUGAUUAACAUCAAUAACCAGGCAUUUCUGAACAAUGUCUCAUCUUAAACAUGACUGAAGUCAUUUAAAGAUAGACACACUAAAUGUUACCUAAUGUAAUGAUAUAAAUUAUUCUGCAUAUAUAGAUAGAGCCUUAGAAAGUUGUAUUUACUGUGAAAUCAGUUUAGUCUGACAUAUACAUAAGCUAAUAAUAAAGCUAUGCUGCUGAGGUGCUGCACACCAAUGUGGCCUGUACACACUGCUUGGUAACCAACUCUUACUUACGUUGUAUACAUUUUAAUGAACUUGCUGCAGUGUGCUAUAUACCAGACAUCUUUUUUUCAGGGGUUUUUUUUUGGUUUAGAUUCUGACAUUUUGAACAUUAGUUUUAAGCCUUUUCUUUCAUUGUGCCAUUGUAGGAGUUUAAUAAAUGAUUACAUUUA